UUUAAUAAUAUUUAUUCCUACAAUUUGUGUUGCUGUUUUGUAACUGUUUAUUAAUAUUUAGUUUGAAGUAUUAGCUACUCUAUUUCGAUCUAUAUAUAAAGUUUUCGCGUCAGUGUUGUUUACAAAACUCCGAUCAAACGAUGAAGUCAAUAUGGUUGGGGCUGGUGAUCACCACGCUGAUUACCUUUUGUUCUGGAUACAAGAUAAUGGUGGUGUUCCCAAUUGCAUCGAGGAGCCAUUCCAUACUGGGAGACAGAGUAGUCUCGCUUUUAGCAAAGACUGGUCAUGAGGUAACAUAUUUGACGCCAUUCCCAAAAGGUAAAGGGCCAGCCAAUGUACGAGAAAUAGAUUUGAGCCAUAACAUACAAUAUUUACCAGAUCAUGUGGGUGAUAUUAAGCAGUAUAUGAACAACGAUCUUAUUCCUUCGAAUGUUACGUUGUUUUUUGACAGUUUGAAGAAAUCAUGUAUCCACGCCAUUGAACAUAAAGAAAUACAGGAGAUGAUGUAUGAUCCUAAUGUGAAGUUUGAUGUUAUUAUUAUAGAAUGGAUCUUCCUCGACUAUAUUGCUGGAUUAUCUGCUGUAUUCGAUUGCCCGUACAUCUGGUUGUCAUCAUCAGACCCUCACCGUAUGGUGUUACAACUGGCUCAUGAUGCUCCCAACCCAGCAUAUACUACCGAUGCCAUGUCUCCUAACAUGCCACCCUUGAGUUUCUUCCAAAGAGCUCAGGAGUUAUUGUUCUAUGUAGGAGGAAUUUUAUUACAAUAUUUCGUGACGGAUCCUAUACUAUACAUAGAGUACGACCGAUUGUUGGUACCGGCGAUUAAAAAACGUGGAUACCCUGUUCCACCACUAGAAGACAUUAUAUAUAAUGCUUCUCUUGUUUUGAGUAAUUCACACCCGUCAAUGGGUAAAUCUAUACCUUUGCCACAGAACUUCAAACCAGUGGGAGGGUUUCAUAUUAAUCGUGAAGUGAAACCGUUGCCAGAGGAUUUGCAGAAAUUGCUAGAUGGUGCCAAACAUGGUUUAAUUUACUUCAGUAUGGGAAGUAAUUUAAAGAGUAGACUCUUGCCUGAUGAAUUGAAGAAAAGUCUAUUGAAGAUGUUUGGUGGAUUGAAAUAUACAAUUUUAUGGAAAUUCGAAGAGGACCUCCCAGGAACGCCUAGUAAUGUUCAUAUCGUGAAUUGGGCACCUCAACAGAGUAUAUUAGCUCAUCCAAACUGUGUCCUGUUUAUAACUCAUGGUGGUCAAUUAUCUACUACUGAGACUGUUCACUUCGGCAAGCCCAUAGUAGCUAUACCAGCAUUUGCUGACCAACAUUUAAAUGCUGCAAGAGCAGUGCACCUAGGCUUUGCCAAAAAAGUUCAGUUAUCAUUCACCAUGGCUGGUGAUAUUAAAAAAGCUAUAGAAGAAAUUUUAGGAGACCCAAAAUACGCAGCCAGAGCGAAAGAACUAUCAGUGAUAUACCACGACAGACCAGUGACUCCGGACAAGGAGCUUGUACAUUGGGUAGAACACGUGGUGAAGACCCGUGGGGCUCCCCACUUGAGGUCACCAGCAUUAGACUUGUCGUGGUACCAGAAGAUAUACCUAGACUUUGCUGCUUUCGUGUUAAUAGUUUUAAUUGUCAUUGUAACCGUUGUGAAAAGGAUUAUAUCGACCUUUAGAGGUAGUAAAGUGGUCAAGAAGAAGAGACAGUGAAUUGUAAAUAGUAAAUAAAUUGUAAAUAUAAUUUUUUCAUUUA